AUGACACCCAGUUAUCUAGUCAAACAAGCCAUUGGUGCACCUCCAUUUAGAAUCCCAGUCAGUGAAAAAGCAGCGGCAAUAAAUGGUGCUAUCAUGGCUGCUUUAGAGGGCUCAAUUCCAAUGUCUGGAAUUGUUAUAGCUGUCAGUCUGGCAGUUAUAAACAAUACAAUCAUCCUUGACCCAACUAGCUACGAAGAAGCAAAUGCCACAAGCGUACACUUGAUAGCUUAUAAAUACAGUACAAGUACACGCGCUAUCACACUGAUGGACAGCGUUGGAGAAUUUGGCGAUGACGUCCUCGCGACUAUUAUAAAGAAAUCCACACACCACUCCACCCUCCUGUACGAAUACAUUCGAUCAAUCAAAGUUUGA